UAUCGAUGACGGUCUUGUUAAAUUAUUAAAAAAAAAAAAGUUUGUACUUGAAAAGUACGGCGUAUAUCUACAGCGAAGAACGCAAGAACCCGCCAAGGAAGCGUCCGAUGCAGACGCCAUCUGUUCAUGCAUUGAGCCCGGAAUCCGGAGGAAUCCCGGCCAGGAUGUGAUGUGCGCACUGGGCCCUCUCCGCUGGUCGAUAUAAACUCGUGCCCCCCUCUUCUAGCCACCUUCUUGCUGUCCACCGCCUGCUCAUUCUACCCCACAGUCCCAUUCCCAGUCCUGCACAGCAAUCAUCUCCGUCUGAAGAAGGCUUCCGGUAGCACGAGUGGUGAAACCAGGCAGACUGCAAAGGUCACGGAGACCGCGGUGUCUUGGAAAUCGGCGGAACACGGAUACCGAUCCACUGGGGUUGGCAUCAGGCACCACUUUGUCCAGGAACCUGCAGCUGAGGAACCUAGAGAAUAUCUGAAGUCUCCUGGGAACUGCGAAACACACCAUAUCUUCGCAAAAUGACGUGGUAAAAGUUGCCAGUCCCAAUCUAUGCAGAGGCAAGAAACUUUAUGAUGAGUCCAGGUCCAGAUCUUGCAAAGAUUCCGGAAACUCUGUCCCCAAGAGGAAACCAAAGACACAGCUAGGCAGGAAUGAAAUCGGGAACCCACGGAAUCUUAGCCUAAGCAGGCGGAAUCCCGAUAAUUCUCCCAAAAUAGCGCACCACCUGGACGCCAUAAAAGAGAGCCUUGAGGCAAGGAAUCGGUGGCAUACCUGGACAGUUGCAGAGAACUUUAUACCUGGUAAUCAGCCGCACCAAAUGCAACUGCAACUAGUAAACUAGAACUCAUUUGUGAGCCAAAACACUGACAAACGGAAGCUGCAUCUGAAAAGCAAGUAGGGAACACCAGGAUACUUAGCGUUCUACGGAGAUGGCCACAGCAUCGCUGGAAGCACUGCACGCAGCCUAUGUGGACUUCAGUGAGCUAACACUAAGAGAGAAAGUCGGCCAUGGGUCCUACGGAGUGGUCUGCAAGGCCGUUUGGCGCGACAAGCUGGUUGCCGUCAAGGAGUUCUUCGCCAGCGCCGAGCAGAAGGACAUCGAGAAGGAGGUGAAGCAGCUGUCGCGCGUGAAGCACCCGAACAUCAUCGCUCUGCACGGCAUAUCCUCGUACCAGCAGGCCACCUACCUGAUAAUGGAGUUCGCCGAAGGUGGAUCGCUGCACAACUUCCUUCACGGCAAGGUGAAGCCGGCAUAUUCUCUAGCCCACGCCAUGAGCUGGGCGCGCCAAUGUGCAGAGGGUCUGUCAUAUUUGCAUGCCAUGACGCCAAAACCCCUGAUACAUCGCGACGUGAAGCCGCUGAACCUGCUCUUGACCAACAAGGGACGCAAUCUGAAGAUAUGCGACUUCGGCACGGUGGCGGACAAGUCGACCAUGAUGACCAAUAAUCGCGGCAGUGCCGCUUGGAUGGCGCCCGAGGUCUUCGAAGGCUCCAAGUAUACGGAGAAGUGUGACAUUUUCAGCUGGGCCAUUGUGCUAUGGGAGGUGCUGUCCAGGAAGCAGCCCUUUAAAGGCAUCGACAAUGCCUACACCAUCCAGUGGAAGAUCUACAAGGGUGAACGCCCGCCGCUGCUGACCACCUGCCCCAAGCGCAUCGAGGACCUGAUGACCGCCUGCUGGAAAACGGUGCCCGAGGAUCGCCCGUCGAUGCAGUACAUAGUGGGCGUCAUGCACGAGAUCGUCAAGGACUAUACGGGGGCGGACAAGGCCCUGGAAUACACGUUUGUUAAUCAACAGAUUGUCACCAAAGAGAGCGACGGCACGGUGGCCGCUCAACCGGAUAGCCUUAGUUCGCAGGAGGGGGAACUGAGCCCCUCGUCCACACAGUUAACACCGACAACGGCGGCCAACGCCAAUGUGAACGCGAUAGCAAUAUCAAAAACAACGACUAGCUCAAUGACCGAAAAUACCUCAUCAACAUCAUCGGACAUCACGCCGACGAACUCAGGCCAACUGGACAAUAAUCCGAUAUUCCACAUGGUCAGCAAUCGCUGGGACGCGAUUCCCGAGGAGGAGAGCAACGAGAGCUGGAACGAUAGCUUCAACCUCACCUCGUCGGUGGAGGCCACUCAGCGCCUCGAGACGAUCCGGAACGGCAUGAUCCUGAUGGCCUGCAAGCCCAUGGAGCAGCUCACCCUCGACGUGGAGGCGAACGGCUUUGAUCUGAGUCACAGCGAAAGCAGCAGCAGCAGCACGAACGCAAAGAGCGAUGGCCGCGAACGACUCACGGUGACGGACACCAAGCCGGUGAUGAUGACCACGGAUCUGACCAACAACAACGGCGGCAUCCACGCCCACUCGAACGGACUGCUGAGCCAUGCGAAUGGUCGGCAAGCGGCGGAUGAGGAGCUGCAGGAACAAGAGUAUGAGCAGGAGAUUGUCAACUCGCUGGACGUCGACGUGGAUCCCGACGAGGAUGAGAACGACGGCACCGAGCAAUCACUGGCCGAGAUUCUUGAUCCGGAGCUCCAGCCAGAGCCGCCGAUACCCAACGAUGCCGAAUCGCAGCUCAUCUACCGGGAGCACCGACACAUGGCCAAGGAGUACCUGAGCGUCGACACGAACCUCUACUACGCGCAGGACUUCAAGGACAAGCUCAUCGUGCAGAUGGACCGAACCGAGCGCGAACAGAAGCAGGAGCUUCUGCGCAAGAUGAAGGACAAGGAGGGUCUGCAGAGUCUUUACAACAAUCUGCAGCAGCAGUACGCUUCACGCCAACUUGCGGCCGGCCAUCAUCCGCACCCUCAGCCCCAUCCGCAUCCGCAUCCGCAUCAGCAUCCACACUCGCAUCCGAAUCCGCAUUUGCUUGCCCUGCAGGAUGAGGUCUGUGGACUGCUGCACGGGUCGGUGUGCGGAGGCUCAGAGUCCAUGGAAGAAGGCUGGGUGGUCAUCCCACCGCAUCACAACGCGUAGUCUCGUGCGCUGCCGGAUCGAUCGACUCUCUAUGUCUUUUAGGCUAGUACUGUAAACUUUAAUCGGCAAUCCGUUAUCUGUAAUCUGUAAUCCAAUAUUCGUAGUCUGUAUCCGUACGAUUAGCCAUAGCAGUUUGUUUAUUUCUAUAUCUAUGACUAUUUCGUUGUAAGCGUUCUUUGUUUAAGUCUAAGCGUAUUCAGUCCGUGUUUCUUUUAAUUUAGCAAACAACUGUUUCGACCCAUUAGCCGUCUCGCAAACUUUGUUUAGGUUUUAAUAUUAUGAUUAAGCUUAAAAUACACUUAGCAUUAGCACAUGUAUCUGUUCGAGGAAACUGACAAGGAGUAGACCAAAAAAAUAUAAAAACCAUCGAAAGCAACGACAAAACAAA